AUGUCGACGACAAACGUGUACUCUGAAGAAGAGUUGGGAUACUUUAGAUUGGCCAAAGGUGUCAUCAACCAUGCUACAACCGCACUAAGGAAAUUAUUUAGAAAGGAAUGGAACAAUGUUCACCGUCACAAGUCAGUUUGGCAAGAUGAUUACAGGAGUGGAACACAGUUGCUAGCCAUGGAACAACCGUGUUCGCGUUUGCUUGACCCGAAUUUCGCCAGCGAUUAUCAAUCAAUAAAAGAUAAAUUGCAACGAGGUGACACAGAAGAUUGGGAUGUUACAACGCUAGUUUUUGCUUUGCUUUACUCGGGUGCUUUGAGCGGCAUACGGAAUAAUAGGGACCCUCACUGGAGAAGAAUAAAAAGCGCAAUAUAUGAAAUAAAGGACAUCAGAAACAAGGUUCUUUCCCAUGUUGCUAAGGCGUCCGUCCCUCCGAGCGAUUACAAGAGAAUCUUUUUCAGGCUAGAAGACGCUGUGGAGGACUUACUCUCUCGUUCCGAUCCUUUGGUUGAAAAAUUGAAAACAUUACGGUUAGAGACUGAAUUCGUAACAGUCGAUCUCAUCAAGUACAAGAAGUUACUUCAAGACGACAACAAAUCUUUGCUCAGACUGGAAAAAGAUCUCGAAAGUUUGGAAUACAAAAUGAACAUUUCUUCGGCGCCGGAGAAAAGGGAAACGAAACGCACGCUUGCUUCAUUCGAUAACGGCACAAUUAUUAAAAAAAUCAGGCGUCGAGUUGAUAGGAUAGAGCGGGACUUGUCAUCUGGUCCUGACGACUUAACGCCAGAGCGAUUCAAACCAUCCAUUUUUCACAGCGCGAAAUAUAUUCGUCUAAUGGAUAAGUCAAAUUGCUUGGCAAGCAAUUUUCGCUGGGAGGAGCUUGGUAAUUUCCUGAAAGGUUUCAACGAUGGUGAAGACAUGGAAGCAUUCGCAGGUAUUCAAACAGCAGCGGCACUUAGUUACCGCUCAAGAAAAGGUGAAUCCCUUAAGGUCCUCAACGAUUUGAUCCCAAAAGUCAUAUUUUGCAAACAGUACGGAGUCGUAUUGUUUGCCAGGAUAAAGAUAUUCAAAGCGUAUUACUUUCACGAUUGUCUGGACGACGAAUCGGCCAUGAGGGAGGCAGACGAGGCUGAGAUGAUGCUUAGCCUUGGCGAAUGUCAUGAGGACAUGGCUGAAAUCCAUUGCGCAAAAGCCAAUAUCAUCUUAUCGUCAAGGAAAAACAGUGAAGACGACCGGGAACGUAUUCUGUAUCAUUUGGAUAAAUGCAUUCAUUUCUGUGAAAAAGCACCCGUUGAUAAAAGCUCUGCAUCCACUCAAGCCAAACUGCGCAAAGCUCUCUUUCAACUCGGCUAUUAUCAGCACGGGAUUUUGGAAGAAGCGCCGAAACGCUCAGACGUAGACACUGCGAAGACCAUUUUGGAUCGUGUUGCCCAGCAGCCGGAUAUUCCAAAAAGAAGCGAGGUUUACUUGAAGUUUGGUCAAAGCCUACUUGCGUAUCGUCAGGGGAACAAAGACAAGGCAACUAAUAUAGAAAAAACGCUAAGGCAAGAAUGCAAGCACCUUGAGAUCACUUUUGAAAUAGAACAACUAGAUAUGCUAAAAACCUUAAUACAUGGUCGUACAGGAGGGGUGUCUGAUACGGUUCACGGCCUGAAAAAGUGACGUAUCAUGAAUCACAACGUAAAAAAUGGCAAAA